GCGAGUCCCCUAUAAUCGCUACGACGCCACAGAUCGAGCCUGCAGAAACGAUUUCAAAUUCCGUGACUACCACCGAAGCGAUGACUACAAGUGGGAUAUUUAUGAACGUACUGAACCGCGAUACCGCCUUGGCGGAGAAUAUUAUGCUGUUUAGAGAAGCUCUGUCUUCGCAGAUUGGAUCGCAAGCGGAAAGGCUUAGAGAGAUUCGAGGCGAUCCUUUGGUCUAUAUUCAGAGUGAAAAUCAUCACGAGCUUUAUCUGGGGGGCACCGCGGAUGGUGAAAGUGGAUCGAGUACGAUCAGGUAAGCGUUUUUUUUUUUUUCGAACUCAAAAAUUAUUACCAAUGAUUUAAACGAUCGUCUGGGAUUAUUUAGUCGAUCAUGAUGGACGAACGUAAGAGUCUCUUUUUUUUUUUCUAAACAGAUAUUAUAAUCUGCAAGCGACA